GAAUAUGUUUUUAUCUACAUGAUUCAAUUACGAAGAAACUAAGCCAAGCAGCUAGGUACCAUGGUGAUCAAGAAGGCUUCAGCACAUCCUCUUUUCAUGAGCACCACACCACUAUCUGCCUCCCGAGCUAUACUGAUCACAUGCCUUCUCCUAUUCGAUAUUAGCAGAUUAGCUUCUGCACGAAAGAAGCACCCGAGAUGUCCGUCUUUCUCUUGUGGACCUCUGCACGACAUUGGUUAUCCAUUCCGCUCGAAGGGCGACCCCCCCAAAUGCGGGGAUCGUCGAUUUCAGCUUGCCUGUGAGGCUGGUAACAAGACUAUCUGGGAUAUCCACCAACCUGGGACAUACUACGUUACCGAGAUCUCGAAGAGUCUUCCCUUGCAGUCUCUUUCCCGCACCAGCAUCGAGAGCAUGGGAUUAUAUGCAAGCGAUUUUACGUGGGCUACCUUUGUGAGCUGUACGAGGAUGAUAGUAAACAGCACAUAUAACCCUGUUCCUUGUUUGAGCAAGACCGAUGCAUUUGCGUAUGUUAUACUUUCAUCUCAAGCGCUUCAGCUGGAGGAUACGGAGCGUUUCUGUAGCUUCUUAGCGAUGACUCCGGUUAUGUUCGAUCCAGAACGAAUGCAGCUGAUGAAUGGAAACAUGAUCUCGCUGGAGCAUCCCACAACAGAAUACGUCUUCCAGCUCCUGAAGCGUGGAUUUCCUGUUCCGAUUUACUCAGCAGGUCUUCCUGCUCUGUUUUACGCAGCAGGUCUUCAGGAUUUUUCCGGCUUUUAUGGUUGUCCAAAAGAAGCUGUAUGGAGCUCUCGGACGGAUAUAUACGUAGGGAUUCUCUCUCCGAGAUUCUUCUUUGCUCGCAGUGGAGUGGCUUUGAUAGAAAGUAUGGAAUACAUUCACAAGCGCCCUUCACAAUGGGUUUUGGUUCUCUUGUUGGCAUUAGAUUCUACUGUAAAAAUUUUGACAGUUCUCUCAAUUCUCUGCAGAUUCGUUAUUGCGCCAUUGGCAAUAUUCCUUUUCUUGGCACACAAGUUGUGGAGAGAAAAGAAAUCAGUGGAUGCCGUCGAGAAGUUCCUUCGAAGCCAGAGGGCGCUCGCGCCGAUGAGGUACGCAUAUACCGACCUCAUUGCAAUCACAGGCCACUUCCGAGAAAAGCUCGGCCAAGGAGGAUUCGGUUUUGUAUCCAAAGGAGUUCUCCCUGGCGGCGUUCUUGUGGCAGUGAAGAUGUUGUUAAGCAAUUCUAGAUGCAAUGGGGAAGAGUUCAUCAACGAGGUCUCUACCAUCGGUAGGAUCCACCACGUCAACGUGAUAAAGCUUGUCGGGUUCUGCUCCGAGGGAUCGAAGAGGGCCCUCGUCUAUGAGUACAUGCCUAACGGAUCGCUCGACAAGCAUAUCUUCUCUGCCAAUGGAGUCGCUGGUCGGCGAACAUUCACGUGGGACAAACUCAAUGACAUAGCCUUGGGAAUCGCCCGUGGCAUCAACUACUUGCACCAGGGAUGCGAUAAGAGAAUUUUACACUUCGAUAUCAAGCCACAGAAUGUCCUCUUAGACCGAAACUUCACUCCAAAGGUUUCCGAUUUCGGGCUAGCAAAAUUGUACCCAAAGGACACCAGCCUUGUGUCGAUGAGUACUACUAGAGGAACAACAGGAUACAUUGCACCUGAAUUGAUUUCGAGGAGCUUCGGGGAUAUAUGCUCACAAGUCUGA